AUGCAGGAGUCUCCGGGUGCCGUGGGUGUCGAUGGCAGCUACGCCAGCAACGUUCCAGCCUUCCUCACCAAGCUGUGGACCCUGGUGGAGGAUCCAGAUACCAACCAUCUCAUCUGCUGGAGCGCUUCUGGGACCAGUUUCCAUGUCUUUGACCAGGGACGCUUUGCCAAGGAAGUCCUGCCAAAGUACUUUAAACACAAUAAUAUGGCGAGCUUUGUUCGACAGCUCAACAUGUAUGGUUUCCGUAAGGUGGUGAACAUUGAGCAGAGCGGCCUAGUGAAGCCUGAAAGAGACGACACAGAGUUCCAACAUCUGUAUUUCCUCCAAGGACAUGAACACAUGCUGGAACACAUUAAGAGAAAGGUGUCCAUAGUGAAGAGUGAGGAGACCAAAGUACGUCAGGAGGACCUGAGUAAACUGCUCUAUGAAGUCCAGCUUCUCAGAACACAGCAGGACAACAUGGAGUGUCAGAUGCAGGACAUGAAGCAGCAGAAUGAGGUGCUGUGGAGAGAGGUGGUCUCACUGAGACAGAAUCACACGCAGCAACAGAAAGUCAUGAACAAGCUGAUUCAGUUUCUGUUCAGCCAGAUGCAGUCCAACACACCCAGCACUGCGGGCCUAAAAAGAAAGCUGCCCCUGAUGUUGGACGAUGGCUCUCCCAGUCCUCCGGCCUCCAAGUUCAGCCAUAGUCACCCAAUGGAGCCCAUGCAUGAGCCCUUCUACAUCCAGUCGCCAUCCAGUGAUACUGCCUCUUGCUCUACUAGUGGGCUGACAGGAGGACCGAUUAUAUCCGACGUAACUGACAUGUCACAGGCUAGUAUGGCUCUCCAGAUGCAGCCUGAUGAGACCAGGGAGAAGUGCAUGAUGCUUAUCAAAGAAGAGCCUGUGAGUCCAGGAGUCAGAGGAGGAGGGAAAGGAGGCAGUGCAGGGGGAGGAGAGGCCGUAGCGCUGGCCUCCUCCUGUGAGGUGUGCUCUUCAGAGCCACCUGUCCUCCCUGUCGCAAUGGUCCAGUCGGUUCUGGAGGGGAGGGGCUCUGUGGCCUCGACAGUGGAGAGGAGGAGUAAGAGACCGGCCCUGGACAGGGUGGAAGUUUCAGAUGCAGUGGAGAAUGUGGAUAUGAGCCUGGAGGAACUGCAGCAGCUGCUGCUCAGGAGCCAUCAGCAGAGCACUGUGGAAGCUGGGACCAGCGCUGUUCUGGAUCCCUUCAGUUUAAGCCUUCCUCUGACUGAGUGGAACUUCACAGAGAUGGAGUCCAACCUCAAAUCAUACAUGUUCCAGAACCAGGAAGUGGAGGCUUUUCAAGCUUCUGGCUGUGAGGAGCAGUAAUCCAUUUGUGCUGUGGACUGUCUUUUCUGAAAUGGAAGGCUACAUAAGCUGAUGUUCUCCUCAUUAUUCCACUCUGCAUGGGUUUGAUCCCACGGCUCUGCCAGGCUGCUUCUUACACGUUGCUUCCUUCUAUCUUUCCUUCUUUCUUUCUUUCUUUCUUUCUUUCUUUCUUUCUUUCUUUCUUUCUUUCUUUCCAUUCACAAACCUACAAAAUGCAGCAAUGAAAAAGACUCAAACCUUACAUUACCUUGCCCUGCCGAUGGGCCUAUCAGCCAGCAGCUGUAUGAGCAUGACCGCUGCUUGCAUGAAAAAAGACGCUGGUCAAAGUUUACUAAAGUUACCCAAACAAACAAGUGUGGUCUGACACGAAUAUAGCGAGACUCUAAUAUUAAGCCAACUGGAUACAGACAGGGCAUUCUUGGCUCUAGGCACUUUAGUCUUUGUGUGAGAGGGAGUUCCUGCUUGUGGAAGUGACGUUUUCUUCCUCUACUGUAUAAAGAAUCUAUGGCUGAUGUACAAAUGAAUAUUUUUAUUAUUUUAUCCUUAUUACACAUUUUUUUAUUUGUAUCCAAGAGAAAACUUUGGCGAAGAAGUCGCUGUGUAGCAUACUGUAUAUUACAUGUUCUGUUUAUUUCAGCCUGUGUAAGGGUGUUGAAAAUUUAAGGGAUCCUCAAAUAUUUCAUGAUAAAUGUGUUGAGAUGAAUCAGAGGUGAUUUAGCCUUCCGUUAUAGCAAAGGUUCUUCUUGCAAAAAUUAGAACGCAAGCCACUCUAGUAUCUAAAACAUUAAGAAACCUUUGGUUGUUUAAAAGCAUAUUAUGAUGGUUUUACACACUGAAGUGCCCAUCUAAUGUAUCUUUGCACAGGCCUGACAUGUAGCUAGAGACUUGGUUACUUAUCUUCUGUCCAUUUUAAAUGUGAAGUUUAAAGGAAAUAUUAAAAGAUAGACUUCUCAUUUGACAAAACCAUGAACACCACUGCAUUUUUGCACAAUCUGUAUCAGUAGUCAUGACAACAGGUCAUUUAUUUUGUGUUUGUAGAUGACCAACACUUUGUCGCUCUACACAUGCCUGUCUAAGAGUGGCCUCAAUAACAGGGUUCUUGAAAACUUGAAGGCAAAUUUUAGUCCCGGAGACAAGAUGUCUCUGAAUGUUACUUCAGUUUUUAUUUGGAAACAAAGGCCACACUUUUAGUUGAUACUUGAGUGAGCAUAGAACAUAACAUCACUGAUAGAAAACUCAUGACAGCUACUUUUCAUACUUUGUAGAAAGAAGAACACUCAACUGUCCAGGAGCUCGUCUUUAAAAAGAUUUAUGAUUAUGAUUGAUAUAUUUCAUUAUAUGGUGGGUUGGUUAUUUGAGAAUUGUAUCUGUUAUAGAACCAUGAAUACCUGCUUAAGGACUGCAUAUUUAUUCUCAAGAUUAGUUAAGAUAAUCAAUAACCAUUCAAUGUAAAAUAUGUGUUCACUGCACUGGUUGCAGGCAACAGUUUAGAGGUUAAUUGAUGUGAAAUAUUGGAAAUAUCCUGGUGAUGAGUUGAAUCGUGCAAUACUGUACAGAACUGUGAGAACUCACACAAUUGCAAUACAUGGAUGACCAUAGGAAUGUAGGAAACAGCAACUGUGAGUGGUGGACUGGAACACACCCUGGUAAGAUGUGUUGCAGAAGGAUAAUGUUAGCCUGCGAGACUUUUGGGGAGGCGUACAAUUUAGCCUGCGGCAAUGCUACAAAUCCUGCUUUGCAAAUGCCUUUUUGCACAUAAUAGCUGGACAUUUUGUCCCCUUUGUGAAUCUUAAAGCAGAGCAAAAAGAUUUUAACAAACUGACCUGCAACUUCAUCGUCAAAGCUACAGGCCAAUGCUAGAAAGGCUAAAACUCAGGGUAGCGAUUUGCAUUAGCCUUUUGAAAAGGGCAUCGCAUUGUCUCCAUCAUGUACUUUUGAAUCUGUGUAUUACUACCACGACUUAUAAUUAUGACUCCAACUGUUAAAAGUUAGAAAACAAAUUCCUCUGACAUAGACAUGAUCACAAUUUAGGUUUUUAUGUCUGCAUUAAAUGAGGAAAAUGCGCUACGAAAGACUAGGCCGUGGCUGUGUUCCUAUUUAGGUCAAUUAAAAAGCUAAUGGAAACUGCUCCCUGCAGGUUAACAUUCUUUUGUGGCAGAGCCUCCUUCUCAGGGCAUACUUUGGGGAGAAGGGUGAACAAACAAUCUGUGGUGUGGAAUUGCACUAAAUCCCAGUUGUAUGAUAUUUGAGAGUAUACAGUACAUUUUAGACAUAGCAUUUAUUCUUGUUCCUCAAUAUGAGUGUUAAUGAUUUUUUUUUUUUCAAGGAGUGAUGAAUACACACAUUCAGUUGCUUUUGUGUUCUUAAUUUAUUCUGUUUUCAAUUUUUAACAUUUGCACUGGAAAUGAACGGAUGUGUGUUCAAAUGACAUUUAUGCUUGUCAGGAUUGCAGAUAGAUAAGGAUAAGAUAAAUACAUAUACAAUAAACAAAAAAAACUGACUUUCUUGUUUCAACAAAAUUUGCUUGGUGUCCAUAAAGACACACAGGCAAUUUUAGUGCCGAUGCCUUCCUUUAAAGUGGGCCACAACCUGCUGAAAAUGUGAAAUUGUUUUUAAUGGGUUUUUGCAAAGACUAAAGUGUA